AUGGGAAGCCUCUACAGUCCACACAUCUCAGCCCUCUUCUUCACUGUGAGUCUGCUUGGAUCUUUCCAAUCCGGUUUCCUUCCACUUGGAUUUGAGUUUGCUGCUGAGAUUACUUAUCCCAUUGAUGAGGCAAUUACGACUGGUCUACUUAAUACUUCUGCUUCGGUAUUCGGUAUCGCGUUCACCUAUUCGUCAAGUGCGUUGCUGCGUUCUUUCGGGCCAUUGGUGACUAACAUCUUCGUUUUGGUUUGUCUUCUUGUCACUGCACUUCCCGCAUGUGAGUCUUAG